AUGGCUCGAGACACCGUUAUUGGUCUUGUCGGGAAGCCCUCAAGCGGCAAGUCCACGACCCUCAACUCGUUGACUGACGCCAACGCCAAAGUCGGAGCUUUUCCUUUCACAACCAUCGAUCCCAACAAGGCUACUGGGUAUUUGGAGAUAGAUUGUGCAUGUGCCAGACAUAAAGUGCUGGACUUAUGUAAGCCCAACUAUGGCUACUGUCGCCAAGGUAAGCGUGGUGUUCCCAUUAUGCUCUUAGAUGUCGCCGGUCUUGUGCCCAAUGCCCAUUUGGGCCGAGGUUUAGGUAACAAGUUCUUGGGAGACUUGACUGAGGCGGACUGUUUGAUUCACAUUGUAGACGUUAGCGGCACAACUGAUGCCGAAGGUAAGGCCACAAGAGGCUACGACCCCCUUCAAGAUAUAGAAUGGUUGCAAGAUGAAAUUUUCAGAUGGAUUUUGGGUAAUCUAAUGGAAAGAUGGCCCUCUGUCGUGAGAAGACACCGCGCAACUAAAUCAACUACAUUGGAGACUCUAAGACAGCAGUUGGGUGGGUAUUCGGCCAAUAAGCAGUUGAUAGCGAAGGCGCUUGACCUUUUGCCAGGAUUGCAGCCCUUGCAAGACUGGGAUGAUGCCACGAUUCAGAAAGUCGUGCGUUCUUUCAUGGAUGUCAAGUUCCCUACAGUGCUAGCAUUGAACAAGAUGGACCAUCCAGACGCGGAUAAAAACGUGUCCAAAAUCAUCUUGAAGUAUCCCAAGCUGAAGGUUGUACUAACGUCAUCGAUCACAGAAGUUCUCUUGCGUAAAUUGGCCAAUCAGAAGUUCAUCAAGUACGACCUGGGCACAGAGUUCAUUGACACCAUUGACGAUUUGGGUCCAGAAUCAGGACUAAAGCCGUUGGACGACAAGUUGCGCAACAGAAUAGAGAAUAUCCGUGAUUUGGUAUUGUACCGGUUUGGUUCAACUGGUGUUGUUGACUUGUUGAAGGCUGCUGCGUCGUUGUUAGACUUGGUGCCUGUCUAUCCGGUGAGAAACAUCCACAACUUCUCUGGUGGUUCUGGUAACAACGUGUUCAGAGACUGUGUGUUGAUUAAACGGGGUACCCCAGUCAUAAAUGUAGCUCGUAAGAUCAUGGGAGAUGUCACCAUUGCCGCUAUUGAGGGUGUCGGCGGUCAGAGGGUUGGCGAAGAAGACACAGUUGACGUCGGCAAAAACGAUAUUCUCAGUUUCAAGAUAGUCCCGGGAGGCGGGAACUAA